CUCAGACCGUCUUCCUUUUAAAUUUUGGUAAUCGGGAAUGAUCUGGGUUAGCAUUAAUCUCUGCAGAUGAAGAACACUCCAGAACGCCAUUUUGUCCUUUCAAGUCAAAGUAAUCAGAAUGGAGGCAGUGAUACAAACAAGCAUAAUCAAAAGUCUCGUCCUUCCCUUAAGUCUUUCAAAUCUCUUGCCAAGAAAUUCGCACUUGUUUUUGCGAUCUUUCGCUCUGGCAAGGGAAAACCAUCUGCAGAAGUUGCCGGAAGCAGUGAUGUUAAAAGGAAUAGAAGUAAAUCCAGAUGGGUAUCAUCAUUUUCAACUGAUGUAUCGUCUGAGAGUAACAAGAAUUCAUGGAAGUUUUCUCACUCCUACGCAUCUUCUAGCGUCACAAGUGGACAACUUGGAAUGGGCAACUUCUCGUUCGAAGAGCUUUACAAUGCAACAAGAAAAUUUUCUGCAGAUAAUAUAAUAGGGGAAGGUGGGUUUGGAACUGUGUAUAAGGGGAAGCUCAGUGAUGGGUCUAUUGUUGCUAUAAAGCGCUCCAAGAAGACUACGCAUGACAAGAACUUAGCGGAGUUCAAGAAUGAAAUAAAUACUCUGUCAAAAAUUGAGCAUCUGAAUCUUGUGAGGUUAUAUGGAUAUUUGGAGCAUGAAAAUGAAAAGAUGGUUGUUGUUGAAUAUGUUGGCAAUGGGACACUUAGAGAACAUCUGAAUGGUACAAGAGGAAAUGGACUGGAAAUUGGUGACCGUCUAGACAUUGCAAUUGAUGUUGCUCAUGCAAUAACUUACCUUCAUAUGUACACAGAUCAUCCAAUAAUCCAUAGAGACAUCAAAUCAUCCAACAUCUUACUCACAGAAAAAUUGAGGGCUAAAGUUGCAGACUUUGGAUUUGCUCGUUUGGCUUCAGAUGAUCCUGCAGCAACUCAUAUCUCAACUCAAAUAAAAGGAACAGCUGGUUACUUGGACCCUGAGUACCUUCGAACAUAUCAACUCACUAAGAAGAGUGAUGUUUAUUCGUUUGGCGUAUUGCUCGUUGAAAUGAUGACCGGGAGACAUCCCUUAGAACCAAAGAGACCUCUCAGUGAGAGAGUGACCAUCAGAUGGGCAAUGCAGAUGUUGAAACAAGGAGAUGCUGUUAUUGCCAUGGACCCCAGGCUGUGGAGAAGUCCAGCUUCAACCACGGCAAUGGAGAAGGUUAUGAAGCUUGCCUUCCAAUGUCUUGCACCGUUGAGGCAGUCGCGACCUUCCAUGAAAACUUGUGCGGAGAUUCUAUGGGGAAUCCGAAAAGAGUUGAGAGAUCAAGCUUUGGCUAAUGUUCCUCCUCUUGCUUCUCAUCAUUCUGCAGAUUUCACUAAAGCUGACGAUAGGAAGAAUAAGUUUGUAUCGCUUGAAGUUGAGGAUGAUGACAAUUAUAAGUUUGUCUCUGCCUAAUCAUAUUAAUUAGUUCUUGAGAGAAUUUUUUCAUUGAUUGUUCAAAUAGGCUCAUUCAUAGUAAAUGUGCUGCUGUUUCAUAUCAGUCUAUUGUUUUCAAGAGGUUUUCUCCUCUUCCAUUCUGGAAGUUCUCAAGUUAUCAGAAUGAUGAUGAGGAGGGAAAUGAAAUAUUGAAAAUUCAAGUCACAUCAAUUAUGAAUACAAAUUUUAUUUACAUUUUUUA